AUGGCCGAAGACCGGAAUUCUGACCGGGUCCGAGAAUGGUUGAAUCAACCAGACGAUCCGGAGCCACCUAUCGAGCAACCCCACGAGACUCACAUAUACGAGCCGCCCGAUGGGGACUUUGAUGACUUAAACAUCGUCGAGGAGCGGCAGGAAAACGAUUCUUUACCAGCGCAGCCAGUAUACACAGAGGAAAGCAUCGCGUCAGAAGGGCAAACAAGCUCGGCCAAUAGUAACCAGCACGAUGCUUCAAAUACACAAGACGAGGCCCCCGAAGCCUUGAUAAUCUUCUCUGACUCCCGCUCUGCAUCUAUAUCUGAUCACAAUACUCAGCAGUCGCGCUACACUAACGAUGCUGGAGAUGAUUCGGUAUCGCGAUCUUUGCGCAAUGAGGAUUUGGGGCUACAGCCAGAGAGUCCUCAUUCCGAGGACUCAAGAUCUGAAUUACAGGCAUCGCCAUCACCACCGCCACCAUCAUUGCCCUCACCAUCAACAUCGCCGUCGCCGUCGCCGUCGCGAUCACCAUCCCCAGCUGCAGUGUCCGAACCUUCAGAACAAAUACAUGGAAUACCUCCUCCCCCUCCUAUAGAAGGGUUUCCUCCUCCUCGUCCUCCUCCGAUGACACAAUUUAUGAUGUUACCAAAAACCAAAAAGAAAGGAUCAGGUCGACUUACAUAUGAAAAGAUUAUUGACAAUGCCGCAAACGUGCUGGACCAUCUCAAAGACGGAAGUGUCCGUCGCUACUCCAGACACAACAAGACCUCCAUCACAUUUUACGACUACUCUGAAGGUGUAAUGUCUACGCCAAGAAGAAUUGUCACAGAUAAUGAUAUCUCGAUUCUGGGUCACGCGAAUGCAAAUAUUACUCGGCGUCUCAUUCUUGUAGAAGAUCUAUCAAAGCCGACUAUCGAUGGUCUGGGUAUCACCUUCAGUAUUAACCCAGAGUUUUUCGAAGAACAUUUGUUGAACUCCAAUUAUGCUGGGGCAAGAUACCACGAGCCACCGGCUCGAACAUGGAAGACAGCAACAUUUCAUAAAUCCCAUAUUUCCUUCCAGUGGAUCCGACCUGUUUAUCGACAGCCCACGUAUUUUUCGCACCGGGACUUGAGCGAUCUUCUGGAAGAAUCGACCGAACACUUUACUAGUCAUGGUAAUGUCAAAACCACAGUGACUACAAACAUAUUUCGAUUGGAGUGGAAUUUGUGGACGGAUCCGACAAAAUCGGUGAGGAUGGAGAGAGAAUGUGGAUUGGAGGAGAGGAUAUCGAUCUGGAAGGGCCAGCUCCGAGGCCGAGGCACUGAGAUUGGUAAUACAUAA